UACGAUAUGUCAGAAAAACUGCCCAAUCCUAGACUACUGAGCUCCAAUCUUGUCGACGACAAAAACUGGACUGACGACACAAAAACGAUGAUGAUGGCUUACUGGACGAUUUUCAUAGGUCACGAUCUAUCACACACGGCUGUUUCCACCAUAGGGAAUAACAGAUUUGUUAAAUGUUGUUAUACUGAUGGAAGUAUGCAAUAUAAAUUGAACAAACACUUAAGGUCGUGCAAGCCCAUAUUGAUACCGGAUGAUGAUAAAUUUUAUGUACCGGGACCACAUAGAUGCAUGAACUACGUGCGUUCGCGACCAGCGGUGCAUUCCAGUUGCACAUUUGGACCCAUGGAACAAAUGAACCAAGCUACUCAUUAUUUAGAUGGGUCUAUGAUAUACGGUUCGUCUUUGAAACAGAUGUUGUCGUUGAGAAAAAUGUCGGACGGUGAACUGUUGACAAACACACUCAAUACGGACCAGAACUAUAUGCCGCUGGAAACCACAGAAACGGACGCUUGCCAGCAUGAUAACGGCACCUGUUUCAGGGCUGGUGACAUCCGGGCAAAUACGUUUCCUCAGUUGACGGUCUUGCACACACUGUGGGUGAGGGAACAUAACCGGGUAGCCAGGGGUCUGGCUUAUUUAAACUCGCACUGGGAAGACGAACGAAUUUUUCUGGAGUCUAAGAAAAUUGUAACGGCGUUUAUACAGCAUAUCACUUACAACGAGUGGUUGCCGGCGCUACUGGGCGUAGACUACACCAAGAAGAACGGUUUAGGACUAUUGGAAGUUGGAUACAGCAACACCUACGAUGAGACUGCUGACCCAACUGUUAGCAACAGCUUUGCUACCGCGAUACUGCCGUUUGCCAAUUCUAUGCUAAGCGACAUUAUUAGUCUAUACUCAGAAAACCAAAAAAAGUACGCAAGUCUUUCAUUGAAGAAUCAUUACAACCGACCGGUUGACAUACUGGUUACUUACAUGGAUCAACUUGUUAGAGGACUAACUACACAGAAUACACAAAAAGUCGAUAUGUUGUUUACACAAACGAUAACAAAUAACUUAUAUAGUAAAGAUGCAAAGAAUUGGUUUGGAAUGGACAUUGUCAGCUUAGAUAUACAACGAAGUCGCGAUCACGGUAUUCCAAGCUACACACAAUUCAGAAAAUAUUGUGGACUAAAAGACAUAGAAAACGAACAACAUUUAUCCGAGAUCAUGGAGAAAGAUUCAGCCGAUAGAUUAUUGAAGCAGUACAAAUCUUUGAACGAUAUAGAUUUAUUAGUAGGAGCAUUGUUAGAGAAACACGCUGAAGACGCAAUGGUUGGGCCAACGAUGAGAUGUAUUAUUAGAGAACAGUUUGUAAGAACUAAAACUGCAGAUAGAUAUUUUUAUGACUUACCAGGAGUAUUCACUAAAAAUCAACUGAAAGAAAUCAGAAAAAUGACUCUUGCCAGAAUCAUUUGUAAUAACGUCAAUAAUAUCACAAUGAUGCAGAAACAAGUAUUUUUGAAACCGGAUUCAACUAAUGAAUUACAACCCUGUAAUACCGAAUUAAUUCCGACAACCUUCAUCAGUCGUUGGUCAGAAUUUGUCACAGUAGAUCCUAAAUCAUCUCGUACAAAAUAUUGAUACAUUUUAUUAUAGUCUAUGUUAAAAAAACAAUAAUAUUAGUU